GCUGUUGAGCACUGUGAGACCCCCACCACCACCACCACCACCACCAACCCUCCAUCCCCUCACACCACAACUGCCUGCCACCGUCUCUGCGAUCCUGCGCUCCCUUCACCGGCUUCACUAAUUCUUUCCUCUCACUGAUCGUCCCCUCUCGGUGUUUUGCAGCGCAGGGGUUGCACGCGCGAUUGCGCUAUUGAUACCCACUUUACACUGUGCUUGUGAAAAGUCAGCCUCUCUCUCUCUCUCUCUCUAGCUCCCUCUCUCUCUCUCCCUCUCUCUCUCCCUCGCUCUCUCUGUCCUCCUCUCUGGCUGCGCUUUGGUAACCUAACAGGGAGGUGUUAACUACUUUUGCUUCCACAAAGCGCCUCCCGUUAUCUCCGGUGCUGCUGCGCAGGAGCCAGAAGGGCCAGUGCUACUGAUAUUCCCACUCCGCAGAAAAAAGAAAAAAAAAGUUUUCCGUUUGUUGUGAGGAUAAAAAAAAAACAGAAGCCGGAAACCGAGGAGUCGUCUGCAGAAGAAGCGGAUUCUACCAUCGGCGAGGGAGUUUCUCCUUUGAUGUUGGCUGGUAGUCAACGCAGCUUUGAAGCUCGUCUAGAGCGGGCCGGGCUGCUACCUGAUACUGUUUCGGCGUCCACAUGAAGAUGAGGAACCAGCUUUGACGACCUACGGAUGUCCACCCUCCACGGACCAUUCUGCUUUGGCAACGCAUCCAACAAAUUGUCCAAGAGGGAGGCGUUUACUGCUUAUUAACCAGGAGGAAAAAAAAUUAUCUUUGGGACUGUAACUGUAAAGUCUGUGAAGGACUGAACAUACCCAACAGCACUUACCUGGCACAGAAUGAUCUGGACUGAACUGAGCUCAAGUGGAUUUGGCUGGAGACAAAGUAACUCACUUUAGUUCCACUAAAGAAAAAUUAACUGAGUUCAAGUUAACCUGAACUGAUGUUGGCUGAUACUCUUUAAUUUCCUCAAGAAUACUCUUCUUUCUUACACGGCUCUUUUCUGAGCCCCUUCCUUCAGAAAACUAAAUCCUUGAAGACAACAACCCAGAUUCCCUGACAUCCACAGACCCUUUACAAGGGUCUUGAACAUUGUCUCAAAUCUUCCUGAGGAGGAAUCAUCUCCUCCUCCUCCUUAAGUCCUUACGACAUCUACCAUCUAUCCAGACAUGGACCUCCACAGGGCAGCCUUCAAGAUGGAGAGCUCCUCCUAUCUGCCCAAUCCCCUGGCCUCCCCAGCACUAAUGGUUCUGGCCUCAACUGCUGAAGCCUCUCGGGAUGCCUCAAUUCCCUGCCAGCAGCCACGUCCAUUUGGCGUCCCGGUUUCUGUUGAGAAGGACGUCCAUUUGCCAUUUAACAAUGGUUCUUACACUUUUGCAUCAAUGUACCACCGCCAAGGUGCAGUCCCACCAGGAUUCCCCAACAGGGAUUUUCCUCCAUCCCUCCUCCACCUCCAUCAUCAGUUUGCCCCACCUAACCUUGACUGCUCGCCAAUCAGCAUGCUGAAUCACAGCGGUGUUGGCGCCUUCAGGCCUUUCGCCUCACCUCCAGAAGAUCGGGAUGGGGCACCAGGCGGGUAUCAGUCUGCUUUCACCCCAGCCAAACGCCUCAAAGGCUGCCUGGAUGCAGAUGCUUCACCCCACCUGCGCUACUCUGAUGCAGAGGGGAAAGAGUAUGACUUUGGCGGUAGCCAGAUCCCCCCUGGAGGCUCACCCAGCAGCGCCUUGAAAGCAGUGGAGGACAGUGGGAAGAAGAUCUUUGCUGUGUCAGGCCUCCUGUCUGAUCGAGAGACUUCAUCCAGCCCUGAGGACCGCAUUGAGCGCUUCUCUCCUGUUUAUGAAGGUAAAUUUAUAGGUCUACCAGGAGCUGUUAGCUGGAGGUGGCCUCCGCUGCUCAAACCACAACAAGGCUUCACCCUCCACAUGGAACAGAAGCAGCAUAGUGGGCAUACUGGGCUAUUUCCAUCACCACACAUUACACAUGAUGGUAAAAAGAAGAUGUCCCUCUAUGACAGCCAGGCGCCAAUCUGUCCCAUCUGCCAGGUGCUGCUCAGGCCCGGAGAGCUCCAGGAACACAUGGAGACCGAGAUCGAGAGGCUAGCUUCCAUAUGCCUCAGUAAGAAUCCCUCACCCAAGGAUGGAGCAGCCACUCCAGGAACCCCCAAGUCAAUGCUGUUGUCGGUGCACAUCAAGCGAGAGGGGGAGUCUCCCGUGGUCUCGCCCCUGUCCUCUGAAGACAUCCACCACUCCGACAGAUACCAGACAUUUUUACGAGUCCGAGCAAACAGGCAAACAAGAUUGAAUGCCCGUAUAGGGAAGAUGAAGAGGAGGAAGCCUGAGGAGGGGGGCCAGGUAUGUCCGCUGUGCAGUGCCCCAUUGGCUGGGAGCGAGGAGGAGAUGAGUAGACAUGUGGAACAAUGCCUGAUCCAGCGUGAGGGUGCGUUAGGCGAUGACGAUUCCGCAGACAUGGAUGGAGAGAAUGGGCGGGGCUUUGAGGAGUAUGAGUGGGCGGGGCAGAAGAGGAUCAGAGCCACGGCUUUGCUGGAAGGAGGCUUCAGAGGAACAGGUUUUGCCACAUGUAGCAUCAAGGAGAGCGCAGCAGACAGCGACGCUGACUUAGACGUGGACGGAGACGACACCUUGGAGUACGGCAAGGCCCAGUACACAGAGGCCGACAUCAUCCCCUGCUCUGGAGCUGGAGAGGACCAAGGAGAGGCCAGGGAGAGGGAGGCACUACGGGGAGCCGUGCUCAAUGGUGGGAUGCCUUCGAACAGAAUAACGCCUGAGUUCUCAAAGUGGGUCAGCGAUGAGAUGCCUUCAACGAGCAACGGAGAAAGCAGCAAGACAGACUCCAGUACUCCUUCAUCCUCCUCCUCUUCCUCCUGUGCCCCGCGCACCUGUAAAAACAGCGAGAUCGAAAAGGUAACGGAGGAGGAGUCCACAGCUACCACCAUGGAGGCUCUGAAGGCUCGAAUCAGAGAGCUGGAGAGGCAGAUACUGAGAGGAGACCGAUACAAGUGUCUCAUCUGCAUGGUUGCCGGUUCAGUUGCCCCCCAUGCUGCCUUGCUCAGUGGUUCUGUGGCUGUUGGCUGUGUCGUUCCAUGGACUCCUACACGAUGCCGCUCACCUCCAUCCAGUGCUGGCAUGUCCAUUGUGAAGAAUGCUGGCUCAGGACUCUGGGGAACAAGAAGCUGUGCCCGCAGUGCAACACCAUCACCUCACCUGGAGACCUGAGGCGUGUCUAUUUGUAAAGAGCACACAACUCCCUCCUCGCCUCUUCUCCCCCUCCUUCCUUCGUCCUGCAAAUCCAUUCCUCCUCUCAUCGUCAUCGCCCUUACCCUGUCGAUCGUCAUCUUGUUUGCCCUCUCUCGUGCGGCCCUGGUCGGCAGCUCCAGACCCUCCAAAAAGAGAUGAGACGGCUGCCUUUUGAGACUCUGCCGGCUCACUGACUCUCUCUGGCCGGCUGCCUGGCCACCCACGAAAAAAAGAAAAAGAAUGAAAAGACGGAGACAUGCAAAUCUGACUGGUCAACAGGCUUGUUUUCCUCUGCCUCACUGACAUGACUCCCUGUACAUGUAACGCAGGGUUUCCACUGAAGGACUGUUAGUCAGUGGAGCCCCCUGAGAUCCAGCUAAGCCCUGCUGAGACCUGGUAGCUUCAUGCAGCUGGAGCUGGAGCUCAAAGGAACUUCUUAAUACAGAAUAUAAAGACUUCUUUCCCCCCCCCUCUAGCUCUUCUUUGACAUUUUGGUGGUGCUGGACAACGGGCUCUACCCUGAAGACUCAACAGAAAGCUUCUUUUUUGUUCUUUUUUUUUUGUUUGUUCCCGAGACGCCCCUGUUGCUUAUCAGAAUUAAAAAAGGGCCUGUCCACUAAAACUGAGCUUUCAACCAAACUGAGAAUAACCUCACAACCUUGAAAAGGAGUUUGACACUCCUCCUCCUCCUCCGCCACCUCUUCUUCUUCUCACGAGCCCUUCCCUCCCCGUCUUCCCUCUUUUGUGGUGUUCUAGUGAAGUAAACCAAAAUUUCUCCCCCCUCUCCAAGAUGCAGUGCAAGCACAUGUAAUAUAGUUCUAUGUAUGUUUACAAUGUUGGGUGUAAAUGACAUAGAGUUCUCUCACACACACACACACUAACACACACACACGUACACACAAAUGCAAACACAUGCACACACGCUACCAUCAGCAGACACACACAGAAGUAUAUAAUAUCAAAGUCCUGUUUUUAGUUGGAAGGGUUUGGGAAUGAUGUUGGGGGGAAAAAAUGGCUGGAAUAAAAGAAGCCUUCUGUAUUUUUAAAAAAAAAAAGAUCAUUUGAAGAUCCGUUGAAGUUUUAUUUCACUGUACAGGAAUAAAAAAUUUAAGUAAUAAUAAACUACUCAAGACUAGAUGGUCAAGAUUUAGGUGGUGUAAUUUUUCUGCAGAGUACCCUUGAAAAAAAAAAGCAAAGGAAAGAUUUUUUUUUUUAAGUUUUCUCAAAUGGUGAGAUUCCAAUACUGCGAACAAGCAGAAUGAUGGAACUGCUCUUUAGUUGCAACACUGUCCAACUGAGCCUCUUCUUUUAAUCUCCGUUUCUGCUUCCUCUCAUUCGAAGUAACAUCAUGCUCAGAUCAUAGUCUAGAAACGUUUUGUUUGACCCCUACAUGUCUCAAAAGAAAGCUUUUUCCAUUGUUCCAUCAUAUUGCUACGCUGCUAAAAAGGUCCCAAAAAUGGCAAAAACUCCCGAAGGGCAGGUUCUUUCUAGCUAUAAUGGAUGAGGGAAGUGUCUGGAAAGUUCGGAUGGCCGAGGCUGAACUGGCAACCUCCAGACGACGCAGCAGCCCCUCUCCUCCCCUUCUCUUUUUGGCAGCAGCAGCAGCAGCAACCAAGGUGGUGGUGUGCUUUGUGUUUGUAAAACUAUGUAUUCUGUGACGUCUGUAUUGUUGUAAGAAAUGCUGAAAAAAAAAGAAAAAAUAAAAGUUCUCAAAUACCA